AUUUCUAGCCAUACAAUGUCCCACUCCUACGAUAGAAUACCAAGCAAUGGAGCCGAAGACUCAUUGAUUGAUCAGGAUAACCUCAUACAACCCGAUGACAUGGGCUCACAGCCCUACGUUGUGCCUAGCACCGCCCACGAAACCACACCAGCCCCACCAGUGAUCAAACCCCAAUUACCGUUGGACACAAACUCACACAUGUUCCAGAUCAACUUCUACAGAAGGUUCUUUGACUUGGAUACCGAGACAUUCUUCCAGAAGAUCCAGCAAGCGGCAAAUCCAUUGAACACCUCAUUCAGUAAUAGUGCAGACGAAGGCAACGACUCCAUCGAAUUGUAUGGAUUCAUCUGGAUCACAGGAACCUUGAUUUUCCUCAUGUUCUUGAGCUCAACGGGAGCUAACAUUUUGUCCCAAUGGUUACACAGCGACAAAGGACUGCAAUACGAGUACAGCUUUGAGUUGCUCACGUUGUCAAUCAGCUUAUUUUACGGGUACAACUUGAUUGUGCCCGUGUUGUUAUACUUGGGUACCCGGUUCAUCACUAAAUUUCCUGAACCAUACACCUUGAUCAACGUGAUUUCGAUUUUCGGCUACACCAACUUAUUGUGGUUUCCGCUUACGGUGGUCAACUUCGUGAUUGUCAUAUUUAUUAAUGGCCAGACCCACCAGUCCUUGUUGAACAUCUUGGAAUGGGUUGCAGUAUUGAUCACUGGUGCUCUUACUGGCCUCAACAACAUCUCCAAGGUCCUCCCACUCACCAAGAAGAACUGCAUGCUAAUUAACGAGGGCAAUCCCGAAGCUGCCAACAGGGCUGUCUACGUGAUAUUGGCCAUGUUGGCGUUGGUGCACUUAAGCUUCACGGUGUUGGUCAAGAUCACCUUUUUCGGCAUCUCUGCCUAGCUAAAUUAAGAAUAGGCCCCCAAGUUCUACCCGUAUUUAUAAACUAAAUACACCAACGACUUAGUAAUCUCCACAGUCAUCAAAGUCCAAUAUUCUGGUAUAUAUAAGUAUGGAAAAUAUAGAUAUACUUCGUCGGAAGC